AUGACCACGACGAUUGAAUACAUCGCCGCUGGCGGCAAUCGACACCCUUCUGCCGCAGACUGGGCACCCUCACUCUUAGCAUUCGGAGCGGGUAAUAACAUCGCCUUGUGGAAUCCCGAAGACUCGCGACAAGCGGGAAUCAGUGCUCUCUUGGCAGGACAUACCGAUACAGUGAACGMUGUGAAGAUCUACGAUGAAGGUUCGAAGCGCACUUUGAUCAGCGGAAGCGCUGAUAAGACGAUUCGCAUUUGGUCUGCUUCGGGUGAAUGUAGUACGGGAUUCCAGGAGACUGCAAGCUUGCCCGGCCACACUGGAUCUGUCAACGCUCUAUCGAUCCUCGCAGAGGAGCAUUUGUUUGCUUCUGGCUCUGCAGAUGCGACUGUCAAAAUAUGGCAUUUCAAGGAUGGCAAUGCUGAGCUCGUGCAAACCAUUACAUUGAAGCCACGAUAUUACCCUCUGACUCUGGCUCUGACCUCUCUAUCCAAUGGCGAUACUGUCCUUGCAGUAGCCGGGACAACAAGCAGCAUUCAAAUAUACGUGCGUACAAAGUCAGGCCCUGAGUUCGAGCUGCAAGCUACUCUAUCUGGUCAUGAGGGUUGGGUUCGCUCCUUAGACUUCACCAAAGAGCGGAGCAGUCCAGAUAGCGAUAUUCUGUUGGCUUCAGCGAGUCAGGAUAGAUACGUUCGUUUAUGGCGAUUCCGACAAGACCAAUUAAAACCGACGCCGGAGCAACACAGUAACAGCGACUUAUUAGCUACAUUGGAGCCGAAAUCCCUGUCCAACAAAGCACAUCAAGUCGGGGGUUCGACGCAAAAGUACUCAAUCACGUUUGAGGCUCUGCUGAUCGGUCACGAAGACUGGAWUUACACUGCGCGGUGGGCCCCUCGAAGUGAGGAUAAUGUGGCACCCGCUUUACUUUCAGCAUCUGCGGACAACUCUCUGGCCAUAUGGAACGCUGACUCUGCUUCGGGACUGUGGGUAUGCAGCAGCAGACUUGGUGAGAUCAGUUCACAGAAAGGCUCGACCACCGCAACUGGAAGUACUGGUGGCUUCUGGAUCGGACUGUGGCAACCUGAAGGACGAUCCGUAGCCAGCCUUGGGCGGACGGGAAGCUGGCGACAAUGGACAUUCGAUCCUGCUCACGAUAUAUGGAAUCAGCAGAUCGGAAUCGGUGGGCACGUACAGGAAGUUCAGGGUGUUGCAUGGGCUCCCGAUGGAAGCUAUCUCCUCUCGACGGGAUCUGAUCAAACCACUCGACUGCUGGCUGAAUGGCGGCGAGAGGGACACUCUUCAUGGCAUGAAUUCUCACGUCCUCAAAUCCACGGCUAUGACCUCAACUGUGUCAGUCAUGUAACGGAGAAUCGUUUCAUAUCUGGAGCGGACGAGAAGUUGCUACGUGUAUUCGACAAGCCGCGAGCUGUGGACAACCUGUUGUCGAAACUUGGUGGUCUGGCAAGCUCUUCAUCCGAGGACCUUCCCGACGCUGCCAAUAUCCCUGUUUUGGGACUGUCAAACAAGGCUACGGUGGAGAUCCACGAUGACGAGCAGGUCAACGGCGAUGCGAGUGGACAGGUUGUCGAUGACCCAGCGUCAACCAACACAUCAACUCUGGAUCUUACCCACCCACCUUUGGAAGAGCACCUGGCUCGUUACACUCUUUGGCCAGAGCAUGAAAAGCUUUACGGCCACGGCUACGAGAUCUGCGCCGUAGCCACAAGCCACGAUGGCAGCUUGGUUGCAACUGCAUGUAAAGCGAGCUCAAUAGAUCACGCCGUAAUCCGACUAUACGAGACACGCGAAUGGCGAGAAGUAAAACCGUCCCUGACCGCUCAUAGUCUGACCGUCACCAGCCUCGCCUUCUCUCCCGACGACCGYUUCUUACUCAGUGUCGGUCGAGACAGACAAUGGGCCGUAUUCGAACGAUCAAACGAGGACGCCAACACCUACACUUCACACACAUCCAAUCCAAAGGGUCAUUCUAGGAUGAUCUUGGACUGCUCAUGGGCCCCCUCAUCCACAGGACAUGUAUUCGCUACAGCCGGUCGCGACAAGACUAUCAAGAUCUGGAGCCUAGUCGAUGGCAAAGUCGAGUGUAAGACUACCAUUUCUGCGACCGCUGCUGUUACCGCCGUGGCUUUUGGCCUUGAAGCAGAGGAUUCCAAGGUCACUCUUGCAUAUGGGAAUGAGGAUGGAGCGAUUGUGCUUGUGUCUCUCAACUUGCAGACAUUCGAGACGAUGGAGGUGCAGAAUAUCGACAGAGCGAUUGUUCCGUGCAAGACGGUAAAUGUUCUUCGUUGGAGACCAGGAAAGCGGCAACUUGCUUCUGCUAGCGAUGAUGGGUCUGUAAGGAUCUUCAAUGUCUCGUAG